UUUCCACUGCGAGACGGAAAACUGCGCCGGUUUUCCCAUUUCAAACAUCGAAUUUCGUUCGAAACUGACUUUUUACUUUGUAUGAAAAAUAAAAAUAUAAAUAUAAAUAAUUUAAAUGUAGUGAUGAAGUGACUUUUAUGGUGGGUUUUUGAAGAAUUUGUAGAGCACUCAUCUAGUAAAUUUGAUAGUCGUCGUAAUGGUGUGCGGAUCCAUCAUUCUCUUAGGAUUUCUCGUCGUUCCGAUAGCUUCGGGCGUCGGGCAUAGGAAAAGAGAAGUUCUCAUACGAGAUCCGAUUGUUUACGAAGCCAACGAUGACACGAUCUACCCAUGUCCCAACCCAUGCAGUUGUCCACCUUCGGCGGGCGAGUGCACCGAUUGCGGACCCUGUCCGAGACAACUAGGGGAACCUUGCACCGAGGACAGUCCUUGCGAUCUACAACGUGGAUUGAUUUGUAGAUUCAGGCAUGGAGAUACCGAUGGGAUUUGUAGAGAAUCAUCUGGGGUGCCUUGUAUAGUUUACAAUAGGACGUACGAGCACGGCGAGACUUUCAAUUUGGAUUGCAGAACUCAAUGUGCUUGUCAAAAUGGUACUUAUGGAUGUUCAUCUUUAUGUCCACAAGAGCACAUAUCGCCGAGAGAAUGUCAACAUCCACGUUUGGUUGACGUCACUGGUCAAUGUUGCAGAGAAUGGAUGUGCGACAGUAGAACAGCAGAGCAACCGCCCUCUUGUCAGCCGUCGUUUUCCAGAUGGUCGCCGUGUUCGAGCGAAUGCGGAUCUGGAUUGUCGUCCAGAAAAUCCAAUCUCAACGCCAAAUGCGUCCCGGACACCGAAACCAGGAUAUGUCAGACCAGAAGGUGCCAGGACCGAGACUAUGUCGCUUUGCAUAGGAAACAUCAUCAUCUCAGAAAAGGUCACGAAUGUAAGGCCACUCACAGACUGAGCGAACCGGUGUUUCUGCGUUUUGGUCCUUGCCGGAGCCGGAAACGUUUCAGACCGAAAUAUUGCGGCUUGUGUCCUAUAGCCGGCAUGAGCUGUCAACCGACGCUGAGUACUACUGUCAAUGUGGAUUUCAUUUGUGAAGGUCCAGGCACGUCAGAAAAUCCCUCAGAUCUCUUGCCAGAAUACUUAGAACCAGGAUCAGAUUUUUGGGCAGACGAAUUCCCACCGAAAUACGACUCAGACGACUCGAGACUCAUCACCGUCUUGGUGCAAUGGGUUCUGAAAUGCCGAUGCACUUCCGAAGUUCAAGUUACCACUAUUCAGAGCCAUUACGAGGACGGCGAACCUAUUUUGCAUCGGGUGCACAGGACAUAGAUUUUCUAAGGAGGGUUUUCAGUUUGAAUUUGGAUAGUUUUGCAUAUCAAAAUUUAAAUAUCAAGAUUUUGGGGUCCAUUUUUUCGAAAAAAAAAAUAAUUGAUGAGUUUCCAACAAAUAUGGGAAUAUAAAAAUUUCCAGCAAAUUGUAUAGUUUUUUAUAGUAUGAGAAGAAAACAAACCAAAGUGUACUUUAAAAGAAAAUUGUAAUACUUAUAAUAGGGUUUCUUUUUUAGGCUUAUACAGUAUAUUAGUAGGUAAUGGUAUAAUGGGGAAAAAAUAUUCUUCUUAUUAGAAAUUAGGGUUUAAUAAUUUAGUGCCUGAAUUAUAGAUUCACGUUUUUUUGACACAAAAAAGCCAUUAUUUGUUUGUUAAAUGAAAUAUUCAAUUAUUAAAUGGUUGUUUUUUUUUUUUUUGAGAAUUCCACAUAUCUUAUAAUCUCACAUUACGCUAAUAUAUUCUGGUUCUAUAAUCCAAAAAAUUGUAUAAGAAGACACGAAUAAUUUAAGUCGAUUUUAUAUAAAAUCAAGGUUGUGUAACAUACAAAUCACACGUUGUGUAACAAUAAAUGUUAUAUUUGUACUUAUUGAAACAUUGUUGUACAUAAAUUAAAUUACUGAUAAUCGACAUUGUAAAAUUUCAAGAAUAAUAAUAAAAAAAUACCAUUGAA